UCGAUUGAAAGCCAAACUAGAAUGUUGAAGAGCGCAUUUGUAACCCAAAUUUCCACGGUUUCCAGCGAUCCGCCGGCCUGGCUAGAUCAGAAGGAACUGCAGCAACUAAUUAAAGAGGAAUUUCCUACAUUUCAAAAUAUAGAAAGCUUUCGCUGCAGAUCCGAGCAAAAUGGGCAGCGUCUUCAGAUCCAAAUAAAGUUGGCGGGCAACUCUGCUCGCACUGUCAACUACCUCGUGAAAUCGAAGGAUCUACCCAACCAGGACACUUUCAAGUUUCCCCAAGACAAAAACUUUCAACGUGAGCUGCACAUGUACGAGGUGAUCCUGCCUGCCCUCGAGGAGCUCUAUAAGGAUGUUAAUAAGAACAUAGCAUUCACACCCAGCUGCUAUAAAAAGGCUCCAACUGCAAAGCACCAUUUGUCCAACUGUCUUUUUCUAGAGGAUCUUCAAGCCAAGGGCUUUCGGUCAGCCAACCAGCCGAAGGGUCUAGACCAAUCAGCUAUGGAGGUGGCGCUAUCAAAACUGGCCGCUUAUCAUGCGGCUACAGCGCGAUACAUGCAACUGAAUCAAGCGCAGUUAAAUGAGCUGGUUUCAAAAAGAGAAUCAACCCAAGAGCUACAAGAUCUUAAGAGCUGGCUACAACGCAAAUUUCAUGAGAGUUUGCGGUCAAACGAUUUGAAGCAUUAUGAGGAUAAGGUGAAAUCAUAUCAGAAAUAUAUAGCUGGCAAUAUGGAGACACCGGAUCUGAAGAAAUCUUUCAAUGUCAUCCUGAACGGCGCCUGUUGGCCAAGCAAUUUACUGGGCCAAUUCGAUGCGUUUGGCCAGCUUAAAGAUGUGAUUUUCCACGAUUUCGGUGGUGCAGCCUAUGGACCUGCUAUACGUGAUCUGCUGCAACUAAUCUUAACUGCAGCUGCGGCAAAAACUGAACAAUUUGACGUCUGUUUGCGAUACUAUACGGAUGAGCUGAACGAAAAUCUAAAAUUGUUAAAGUUCAAGGGAAAGUUGCCCACCUUAACGGACUUUCAGUUGGAUGUACUCAACUAUGGACACUGGGCCUUUGAGACUGUAACGGAAAUUCUGCCCAUUGUACUGGCCGAUUUCGAAUGUGAGGAUACGGAUGAAUUGUUUAAGUAUACAAAAUACUCUGCGGAAAUUAAAAAGCUGCUGCCCUGGCUGGAGAAUCGUGGUUACUUUGAGGUAAGAGCUGACAGUAAAAACGUAAUUCGACGUGAAAAAAACAUGGAAAAGACGGGUGAAAAAGAGGUGCCAGAGUUGCCAGAGUUGCCGAACUGGUUGGAUGAGCAUAUGUUUGUGGAGUUCUUGCAACGGGACUUUAAAGAGUUCAAGGCCAUCAAAAACUUUAAGAUAGAACCCACAGGCGGCAAAGGCGAAAACUUUACGACUUUGGUGGUGCGCGUUAAGAUAAACGUUGAGCUAAAUGACGGCAGCGAAGCAGCUACCUCGUAUAUAGUCAAAUUGUUGCCCACAACCUUGAGCACACGUGAUAUGAUUGCCAGCUGGAAGAUCUUCGAUAAGGAAAAGCUAACCUACAGCAGCUAUGUGCCCGAAUUCGAGCAAAUGUUCAGGAACAACAAAAAGGAAAUAACAUUUGGAGCCAAAUACUAUGCGCCAACAACUGCAGCGAGUCAGGAGCUGAUCAUACUGGAAGAUCUGGGCAAUCGCGGCUUCAAGAACGUAAAUCGUCAGGAGGGUUUGAACAUGGCGCAUACCAAAGCUGUGCUAGAUAAGUUGGCCCAAUUUCAUGCCGCCUCAGCUGUGCGCUAUGAACACAAGGGUGCCUAUCCAAAACUCUAUGAUCGGAAUCUGUGCAGUGAGGAGGAUAAAUUUCAAGAGUUUCGAGACACGCAAGCCAAGUCGCUUAUCAAGGCGCUGCCGCUCUAUGAGGCUGCCUAUAUGGAGAGCGAACUGAAAUCCUACACCUCAAUCGCACCGGAUAUGUUUCAGGCCCAUGCACCCAAGUUUGAGGGCGAAUUCCGUUGUCUUAAUCAUGGCGAUUUUUAUUGCAAUAAUAUCAUGUUUCAAUAUGAUGAACAAGGCGAAAUUAGCGAAACCUACUUUCUUGAUCUGCAGAUGAGUCGCUAUUGCUCGCCCGCACAGGAUUUAAUCUAUAUACUGCUCUCCUCGGUUGCUUUCGAGCUUAAGUUUUCCAAAUUCGACUACUUUGUACACUACUAUCACAGCAGGCUGGUUGAGUAUCUAAGUCUUUUGGAUUAUCCACAGCCUCUGCCUACAUUGAGGGGACUCCACGUUGCGAUUCUCAACCACGGCGAUUGGGUUUACCCCGUAAUAUCACUGCUACUGCCACUUGUGCUGAUAGAUCCCAGCGAAAAGACCAAUAUGGACACCAUGAUGGACCAGGAGAGUGAAGGUGACCAACUGCGAAACACCAUGUUUGGACAUCAACGUGUUGUACAGCAAUACAAGCAGCUGCUGCCCUGGGCUUACAAUCGUGGCUUGUUUGUGUAUGGACCAAACAAAUGACUGAAAAGCAACUGUGAUAUCGAUUUCUUAUUUCAUACAAAAGAGUACAAAUAAAUAAAUGAUUGUUUUAUAAAAAAAAAA